AGACAAUUGACGUCACGGAAUUGCGUCACCGCGCCUGCGCCGUAUGCAACCGAUCCUACUGUGCGGAGUCGAGAUUCGUGACAAGUUGGACCUUUUUCUUAAUGUACUUUUAGUUAAACGCUCGCCAAACCAACAUGUUAAUCAAGGAAUACCGUGUUACUUUGCCCCUGACAGUCGAGGAGUACCAAGUGGGCCAGCUGUACAGCGUGGCCGAGGCGUCGAAAGACAACACGGGCGGCGGCGAGGGCAUCGAGGUGCUGAAAAAUGAACCGUUCACCAACUACCCUUUGCUGGGGGGCAAAUACAACUCGGGCCAGUACACGUACAAAAUCUACCACUUAGCCAGCAAGGUGCCCGCCUUCAUACGCCUGCUGGCGCCCAAGGGCAGCCUCGAGAUCCACGAAGAGGCGUGGAACGCCUACCCCUACUGCAAAACGGUCAUCACGAAUCCCGGCUACAUGAAGGAGAACUUCGUGAUAUGCAUAGAGAGCAUGCACGUGGGCGACAACGGUGAACAGGCCAACGUCCACCAGCUGCCCGCCGACAAGCUGAAACAGCGCGAGGUGAUCCACAUCGACAUCGCCAACGACCCGAUCAAUCCGGCCGACUACGAGGAAUCGGAGAAUCCGGCCAUAUUCCACAGCGAGAAGACGGGACGCGGCCCGCUGAUGGGACCCAACUGGAAGAACGAGGUGCGACCGGUGAUGACCUGCUACAAACUGGUCACUGUGGAGUUCAAGUGGUUCGGCCUCCAGUCGCGGAUAGAGAGCUUCAUACAGAAGUCGGAGAGGCGGCUCUUCACCAAUUUCCACAGACAAGUAUUUUGUUGGAUCGACAAGUGGCACGGUCUGACGAUGGAGGACAUCAGAGCGAUCGAAGACAAGACCAAGGAGGAGCUGGAGUCGUUGCGCAAGAAGGGCGAGGUCCGCGGCAUGAAGGCGGACAACGAUUAGACAGCCAGUUCGCGUGCCAAUCGCGACAACGUCAGCGUCGCCGCGUCGUCGCCCUCGUCGUCGUCGACGUCGCCGUCGCCGCGACGCUGGAACCGUCACCUAGCUAAUUUAACCAACUAAACAACCAAAAAAAAAAACAAACAAACAACAAAACAGAGAUGUGCGCGUGGUGCGGGGCAGCCGGGGGACGGGGUCGCCGCCGUCGCCACCGUAUUAUCGUCCGGUAUGUUACCACAGGGCGGCGGGCGCCGUCCCCCGGCUGCGUCGGUCGACACACACACACACACACACUCAACACACAUUCAACACGACACAUUCGGUUACGUUCAUUCUAUUAUUAAUUGGGUUUGGUGGUUGGCCAGACGUUUUGCCAUUUGCGUUGUUGUUUUGCCGGGAGAAGCAACAAGUUCGAGCCCAUUCCUGUGUAUUUUAUUCUAUAGUCAAUUACGAGCGCGGUCACUUUAUUUUUUAUUUGUAUGUGUAUAGAGGAGACUAAAACAUGUGGAUAUAAAAUAGAAAAGUGUUUGUUUUUUUUAUUUCUUUUUGUUUUGUUUUAAUUUUCUUAUUUUUAAAUAAUGAUUGAUUGAUGAGUUUCAUUUUUUUACUGCACACGGAUGUUAAGUUUUUUUGUAAUUUUUAACAUGGAAACCAUUUUGACAAUAGUAUACAGGGUGGACGGAUUGAACGCCACCGCAGCUCAACUUAACCGUACUUAAAUGCAGUUGUAGGCUCCGCCCUGUAUAUCGUUACCGUUAAUUAAAUCGAUUAAUUAAUGCAAAACAAUUUUUCUCGUACUAAGUACUAAGUGUUUUUAGCUAGUUGUUAUUGAAACUUAUUAAAAUAAAACUAAAAAAAGUGUAUGUAGGAUAUUUGGGAACAUGUUGACAAUAUUUCAUAAAAAUUUAAAUUCAUCUAGUCAUUUUAGUGUAAGCGUUUGGACGCGUCGGACCGGCCCAAAAAAACGCGACAAGUUUUUCUAUUGCAUACUUUUGGGGCGGGCCGGUUUCGGGGCGGCACGCGAGAUUUUCUUUGUCAAAGUGGUUUCGGUACGGUUCGAGAGAUCUAAAUGAAAUAAAAAAAAAACAAAAUAAUUAAAAUUGGUUAGGAAAACAAAACAGAUUAAUGAAUAGAAUUAUAAAUAUUGUAAAUGAAAUUGUGAAAAUAAAUAUAUUACAACACAGUUAA